AUCUAACGAAGAAGAAGUUAUGUUGACGUGUGGAUUUGAUAGUCACUAGCCUACAAACGUUAGCUUUGCUGAACAUGGUUCAGCUAGUACAAUAGCUAGCUAAUCAUAGAGCUGACGUUUCGGCUUCGGGCAGAGCUCUAGUUAUUUCGCUACAGUUUUAGAAGCCAAAAAAUACGAUGGCAGCCGCCUGGGAUGAAAUCAGACGUCUGGCAGCGGAUUUUCAGAGAGCACAGUUUGCUGACACAGUGCAGAGGUUGUCCGAGAGGAACUGCAUUGAAAUAGUUGCCAAGCUGAUCGAAGAGAAAAAGUUGGAUGUGUUACACACAGUUGAUGGCAAGGAGUACAUCACUCCCUCCCAAAUCAGUAGGGAGAUCAAGGAUGAACUCUACGCACAUGGAGGUCGUGUCAACAUUGUGGACCUACAAAAGAUUAUCAACGUUGAUUGGGUCCAUGUUGAGGCCAGAGCAAAUGACAUCACUAGAUCUGACAGGAACAUUCAAUUGGUGCUGGGGCAACUUAUCGAUAAAAACUACCUGGAUCAGAUCGCUGAAGAGGUGAAUGACAAACUACAGGAGGCUGGCAUGGUGAACAUCCCAGAACUAUGUAAAAUCCAUGACCUUCCCGGGGAUUUCCUGACUGAGGAGCUGUCCAAGCGCAUAGGGAAAAUCCUCCAUGGCCAGAUGGACGAGUUCAACAGGGGAGUCAUAUUCACCCCUGCGUUCGUGUCUCGCCACAGGGCUCGCAUACGGGGUCUUUUCAGUGCUGUUACACGGCCAACAUCAGUUAGCAACAUGAUCGCAGUCUAUGGUUUUCAAGAACAUCUCCUUUACUCUAUUCUGGAGGAACUGGUGAAUACUGAUCGUCUGAAAGGCACUGUGGUGGGGGGCCGGCAGGACAAAGCUCUCUACAUCCCAGACAUCUACUCCAAAACACAGAACACCUGGGUGGACUCCUUCCUCAAACAGAAUGGAUACUUAGAGUUUGAUGCCUUGAUCAGGCUAGGCAUCCCUGACGCAGUGAGUUACAUCAAGAAGCGUUUUAAGUCCAGCAAGCUGCUGUUCCUCAGGGCAGCCUGUGUGGGCCAAGCCCUGGUAGAUCAGGUGGAAGCCUCUGUGGAGGAGGCUGUCAACUCUGCCACAUGGACCGAUGUGCAGCCCAUUCUGCCCAGCUGUCUGUCCAUGGAGGACGUUGGCAUCAUAAUUAACGAGGCCAUGAGAACGACCAACGUGCAGUCGACCGCCAGGGUCCUCGGAGACACGGUGGUGGUCAGCGAGAAGUUCAUCAGCAACUGCCUCGCUCUCUUUGAUGAGGCGAUGCAGCAUAAAGCUCAGAAGGAAGUCAAGAACAACCCGGUUUUCCUGAUUACAGAAGAAGAUCUGAAGCUCGGCUCUAUAAUGACAGAAAGUACAGCCCCUUCUAAAAAGGAGAAAAGAGAGGCGGAGAGAAGGAAAAAGACUACAGAGGGCAGCGGCUGUAAAGGAGGUGGUGGAGGAUGCAACGCCCGGGAGGUCAGGGUACGGAAAACCAAGAAGAAGACCAGGAGGGAUGACGACAGUGACGAGGAGGCGGCGGUCACCCCGCAAAAUCGUAACAAACACACUGAAGUCCCAUUCAUGGCCCUGGAGGAGAUUGUGGCUGUCCUGGAAGAGCGAGUGUGUGACUGCCCUGAAGAAGUCCUCUGUGAAUUGGCAGAGCAUCUAUUAAGGCCUUUGACCAAGACGUACCAGGAGGUGGUUCGGACCGUAUUCAUGUCCUCCACCAGCUCCACUACGGGAGUAACCAAGAAGAGGAGUGUGAAAGACUUCCAGGAGGAGCUCUCCAACCUCUACAACAACAUCAGGCUCUUUGAGAAAGGGACCAAGCUCUUCUCAGAUGAGACUCAGGUCCAUAUUGCCAAGCACGUUCUGAAGACUGUGUGCACUGAUGUCACCAACAUCCUUGUGAACUUCAUGGCGGCUGAACUCAUGAUGUCCGUAGAGAAUCCCAACUCAAUCACCAACGAGGUGAGAUUGAAGAUAUUAGGAAAGCUUCCAGAGGAAACCAGAGGACCUCUUAUGAAAGUGCACAACAGUCUGAAUGGAAAAGCAAUUGAAGAUUUUUUAACCAGUAUAGAAACCGCGGUGGAGGUCUGUGGAUUCAUGCUGAAGAAGGGAGAUAAGAAAAGAGAACGGAAGGCCCUGUUCCUCCACCGGCAGGCCCUGGUAGAGCAGCUGAAGGAGGCGGAGGACCCAGCCCUGAUUCUCCACUUGACCAGUGUGCUGCUGUUCCAGGCCAGCACCAACUGCAUGCUGCACGCCCCCGGACGCUGUGUGCCCCAGAUCAUUGGCACUUUAGUGGGACGCAUCUCUGAGGAGCAGCACAGGCUGCUGACUGGCUAUCAGGCCCUGGUGGUGAAGCAUCUGGUGAGCCAGAGCCAGGGGAAGAAGCGGGAGCAGGGAGAAGGAGACAGCCAGAAGGAGGGUGAUGAGGAAGAGGCCAUCCGAAAGGAGUUGGUCUCCCUGACCAGUGAGGUGAAGGACCUGGUCCUCUCUCAGAAGACGACGUCUGGGGCUGAAGAGUGAAUUGGCUCGUUCAGCAUCUACUGCAUUGUUGUUGGUAAGGGCUGGCUGGUCUACAAAUCGCAUUGCUACAGCUAGUCACAAUGUAAUGCUGUAUAUCAGCUAACCUGAACACAAUUGUCUUACAAAGUGAUUUCUGGAUCUUACUUGUUUAGACAGAGGAUGGGUGUACAGCGUGAAUGGUCAUGUUGUGAAUUGUUUCACAUGGUCCAUGCAUUAUUUGUGGUAAAAUUCCUUUGUGCAGUGUCUCAUCUGAAUAACAUAAGUCCUCAAUAAGGUAAUUUAAUAACUAAUUGAAUGGCAUUAUAAAAGAAAAAACUCAGUUGAUUGGGCUAUAACAUAUAUACAAUAUAACAUUUUUGUCUUUUGGGCAGAUAUAAAACAUGGUAAUUCAGAAGUAACAAACGUGAUGUCAUACGAUAUACGUUUCUGUCCAUUUUUACAUCCGUUGUCUUUUCAGCAUGCAAAUACACAAACGCAACACAACAGCUAUUACUACAUGCGAUGGGGAGAACUGGAAGGUUUGUUUAUAGGUUGUGCAUUUACAGCCCACAUACUUGAUGUGCCAGUCUACAACCCACAGAGUUUGGACCGCAGGUUCAUAGUUUGCCUGAUGAUGCUUUUCUUUGCCGACUGAUUGGCCAGAUACCAUAUUAGGCUAGGAAACAGGAAGCCAACCUACUUCACAGUAUACCGCGGUGUAGCAGUUGAAGAAUGUUUGGUGAUUAGCAUUGUUUUCUGUCUGCGCCGGAUGUACGCUCGUCGUUAUUGGCAUUUUUAAUUGGUGUUUGUAUUGAAAGAAUGCCAUGAUGGGUAUCAGAUCAUCUCUUCCAAGGAAUUGAUGGUCCUCGGGAAAGAUUUGUGGGUGUUUGUGUCCAUUGAAUUUCAGAAGGGGAUGGGAGAUAUCAGUCAUACACUUGCUGGUCAUUUUCAGAGAGAGAAGGUGCUCUUUGAUCCUAUUCCGAUCUCAUUUGACACGCGUGGAUCCAAAAAGUAAUCGAGCAUCUGACCAAUUACGCAAGACUUUCGUUCUGGGUUAGCAGGGAUUAUUACUCGAGUCAUGACUUUUAGCUGCUGUCUCUGGUGCACAUGUACAUUAGCAGUGCUUGUUUGAAUCUGGCUCAUUGAUUUAUGAAUAAAAAUGUUUUCCUUUUACCACCUGUUUAAUAAAGCAGAAACAAUGCCUGAAAUAUAUAUUUUACAAAAAGGAAA